AUGGAUGGCACUGCUAUUACAUAGCUGAAAUCUUAACUAUAGAAAUUAUAAGAAGAAAGGGAAGAAUUAUCAAAUGAUCUUUAAGAAGAACGAGUUGUUGUUACUUAAAUGUAAUAAGAAUUAGCAUCUCUAAAAUAAAAAUAAUAAAUUUAAGGAGGCCAAUUAAGAGAUAAAGAAUUGGCAAUCCAGGAUUUUAAUAGGAUGAUCAAAGAAAGCGAGACUAUUUUGAAAAAACUAAUUGAAACAUCUAAUAAUUUUCUAAAGACCUUGGAAGGCGAGACAAACAAGUUAAAGAAUUAAAAAAAGUGA